UACUUUUACUGCGAAAAUAAGAUGACAGURGAUAGAAGAGACUCCGAAGACCUGUAUUCUUAUAUCCGUCGAUUGGCACAACAAAACGGAGGCCAAGGAGCUGAACAGUGCCGACGUUGCCAUCAGCGUGWCGAUUUACUAAGACUCUUUAAGGCGCAUUUCUGCACUAUCAUCGAAUUUAAGCACAGCCAAAUGAGGACUCUUGUGGACCAGGUCAACGCCCUGCACUGCCAGGAGCAAGUCUUGCAGCUUCAACUAGGUGUCACAGAGACAGAAAAUAACGACACCAAUAACAAGAUUAAAGUGCUCCUGGAKUUGGUAAAUGGUUUACGAGAGACUGCAAAAUCUGAAUCUUUCAAAGUCGCUAAACUCACAGAGGAACUUCAGAAGACCCAACAAGAACUUAUGGAAGCAAAACAAAGCAGCUUCCAGAAAUUGUGGAGAMGAAUUAGAAGUAAAAGGAACAAAUCAGGAAAAAAAUCUGUCCAGAAAACCCGGAAUAGUUUAUUCAUUUGCUUUCGAAAGUAAUUCCACUUCAGUAUAACACGUUACAGUUAUUAACUAUUGUAUUUAUUGGUUGAUUUGUCUAUAUGUUUUAUACAUUCAAAUUAUUUCUUUUUCUGACAAAAAUUCUUCUUUGUAAUAUUGAUUGAAAAUUUCUUAGAAAAUUGAUUCUAUAAAUAUGAUUAUGAAAAUACUAA